GGCCAGCGACCAGGUUCUUCCGACCGUCGACCGCGCCGCGAUCGCGCCCGCGACCGCCCCGUCCAACUCUCUGACGGCCUCGGCGGAGGCGGCGCCCCGCGCGACCUCCGGCCUGGCGAGGGCCGGCUCCGCGGGGCACGCGGCGGCCGCCUGCUCCGGCGGGCGGCCGGCCGGCAAGGCGCAGUCACCGCGGCCUGCUCUGGCGGGCGGGUUGCCUCACAGGCCGCCGAGGCGGACCCCGUCUCCCCGGGCGGCCGGGCCGCCGGGCGCGCGGCAGCGCCACGUGCCGCCGCGCGGCGAGGGCGCGGCGGCGCUCCAGGCGGCCGUCCGCGAGGCCGUGCGGCUGGAGCUGGCGAGCUUCUUUGGCCCGCGGGGCGAGCACCAGGCGCGCGCCUGCAG